AUGACCAUCUUCACCCCAGAAUCCACUCCCAUGAGGGACACUGCCCCGACUGGUAUACAGUCUUCGACAGCUGCUCGUUCGCCUUUAACCUUCUGGUCAUCUCAAGAACCGUAUCGUGCACCUGGGGAAUUGAAGAAGAACCCAAUCGUUCCGCUAGGCACACAACCUGCUACGCCCGCCCCCGAGGAACCUCCUGCAGGUUCAGCCAAAACCAUCAAGGAUGCACGCAAUAUGGUAGAAGACAUGCAAGCAAGAAUCCAGUACUUGGGCAGAGCUCACCGCUUGUAUUCUGGCUGUGCCACAAAUUUCGAUGUUUGCCAUCAGAUGUAUCUAGAUGCCCUUCAGGCACUUGUUGCAGAAGGAAAAAGGAAGAUAGAAGAGGCAGAAUCUUCUAAGCAGGCAUACAUAUCUGAGCCCAUUGACAUUCCGUCUGCUAUCAAAACUCCCGUCUCCAACGUAAAAUUCAACCCUACGAUUGAAUCAAAGCCAACUACGCCAAAAAACUCCUGCUUGUCGAUGGCAGUUGUGAGACGACCUGUCAGUGUGUCCAACCCAAUCACUGAAAACACCACUCGAGAUUCAAGAAAUCCAACCCAAGUCCACUCCAUCAAUGUCGAAGAGGUCUUCAACAUCCUUAAUCGAACAAAAAAUCCCGACCAACUCGGUCAGUUUUGGAGGCACGCUGAGCCAAUUUCCUUGUCAGCCUCUCCUUUGAAUGGAAUAGCUUGCUCGACCACCCGUUUUCGAAAGUCCUUGUCAGCCACUCCUUCAAAUGCAAUGGCCAGCCCAACCGACCGUUUGAGAAUGUCCAUGUCACCGACUCCUUCAAACUCGACGCCUUGCCCCAUCAAUCGUUUUACUGAGCUUGACGACUGCCAGGCCCGCACUAAUCCAAUCACCAAAAUGAUCAAUGGUGCACUUCGAGUCAAGCGCACAUUGCUUUCUGAGAGCUCAGCAGGUCCGACUGAACCGGUAACCGGACCUCUUGUUAAGCGUAUCCGGGCAAGAGAGGAUCUCUUGAUAACUGCUAGUGCGCAUCUCUCCGGCAAACCGUCUUCUGUUAUGGCUUCUCUUCUUGUAAAGCCGUCCUCUGAUCCGAGUCAACAACACUCAUCGGCUAGUGAUUCUCUCGCAACCAACAACAAGAAGGCCGCUGAUUUUCAAAAAGACUCACCUCACCAAACCGCUGACACCAACCUGUCAUUGGCUAGUGAUUCUCUGUCAACCAACAAUGAGAAGGAAGCUGACUGUCAAAAAGACUCGCCUCGCCAAACCACGGACACCAACCUGUCAUUGGCUGUUGAUUCUCUCUCCGACCCACUGUCUUCUGAUUUGAGCCACCAUGAAGCAACCAAUGCGCAGAAGACAAGCAGUCCUCAAAAAGACUUGCCUGCUCAAACCUCGGACUCGGACCAGUCAUCUGCUGGUGUUUCUAUCCUGGAUGAGUUUUCAACUGCUCCAACCACCGACACAAACCAGUCUUCUGCUAGCACUUCUCCUGCCAACAUGUUGUCUUCUAAUUCAAGCCAACAAACUGAGAAGACGAACCAUCCUCAAAAAGACUUGCCGGCCCAAACCACCGAUACAAACCAAUCAUCGGCUAGCGAUUCUCUCUCUGGCGAUGCUCCUCUCGCUGACACGUUGUCUUCGGAAUCAAGCCAACAACUUGGGCAUGAAGCAGCCAACACGGAGAAGACAAGCAGUCCUCAAAAAGACUUGCCUGCUCAAACCUCGGACGCGGACCAGUCAUCUGCUGGUGUUUCUAUCCUGGAUGAGUUGUCAACUGCUCGAACCACCGACACAAACCAGUCUUCUGCUAGCACUUCUCCUGCCAACAUGUUGUCUUCCAAUUCAAGCCAACAAACUGAGAAGACGAACCAUCCUCAAAAAGACUUGCCGGCCCAAACCACCAAUACAAACCAAUCAUCGGCUAGCGAUUCUCUCUCUGGCGAUGCUCCUCUCGCUGACACGUUGUCUUCGGAAUCAAGCCAACAACUUGGGCAUGAAGCAGCCAACACGGAGAAGACAAGCAGUCCCCAACAAGACUUGCCUGCUCAAACCUCGGACGCGGACCAGUCAUCUGCUGGUGUUUCUAUCCUGGAUGAGUUGUCAACUGCUCGAACCACCGACACAAACCCGUUGUCCGCCAGCGCUCCUCCUGCCGACACGUUGUCUUCCAAUUCAAGCCAACAAACUGAGAAGACAAGCCAUCCUCAAAAAGACUUGCCGGCCCAAACCACCGAUACAAACCAAUCAUCGGCUAGCGAUUCUCUCUCUGGCGAUGCUCCUCUUGCCGACACGUUGUCUUCGGAAUCAAGCCAACAACUUGGGCAUGAAGCAGCCAACACGGAGAAGACAAGCAGUCCUCAAAAAGACUUGCCUGCUCAAACCUCGGACGCGGACCAGUCAUCUGCUGGUGUUUCUAUCCUGGAUGAGUUGUCAACUGCUCGAACCACCGACACAAACCAGUCUUCUGCUAGCACUUCUCCUGCCAACAUGUUGUCUUCUAAUUCAAGCCAACAAACUGAGAAGACGAACCAUCCUCAAAAAGACUUGCCGGCCCAAACCACCAAUACAAACCAAUCAUCGGCUAGCGAUUCUCUCUCUGGCGAGCUGGGCUCGAACGCCAGCCAACAACCAGCCAACACGGAGAAGACAAGCAGUCCCCAACAAGACUUGCCUGCUCAAACCUCGGACGCGGACCAGUCAUCUGCUGGUGUUUCUAUCCUGGAUGAGUUGUCAACUGCUCGAACCACCGACACAAACCCGUUGUCCGCCAGCGCUCCUCCUGCCGACACGUUGUCUUCCAAUUCAAGCCAACAAACUGAGAAGACAAGCCAUCCUCAAAAAAGACUUGCCGGGCCCAAACCACCGAUACAAACCAAUCAUCGGGCUAGCGAUUCUCUCUCUGGCGAUGCUCCUCUUGCCGACACGUUGUCUUCGGAAUCAAGCCAACAACUUGGGCAUGAAGCAGCCAACACGGAGAAGACAAGCAGUCCUCAAAAAGACUUGCCUGCUCAAACCUCGGACGCGGACCAGUCAUCUGCUGGUGUUUCUAUCCUGGAUGAGUUGUCAACUGCUCGAACCACCGACACAAACCAGUCUUCUGCUAGCACUUCUCCUGCCAACAUGUUGUCUUCUAAUUCAAGCCAACAAACUGAGAAGACGAACCAUCCUCAAAAAGACUUGCCGGCCCAAACCACCGAUACAAACCAAUCAUCGGCUAGCGAUUCUCUCUCUGGCGAGCUGGGCUCGGACUCCAGCCAACAACGUGGAGCAAAAUUGCCAACCAACACCAAGAUCUCCAGCAAUCCUGCAAAAGACUCAACUGCUCCAACCACCGACACAAAUCAGUCCGAAACAAACAUAUCUCCCUCUCUCGCUGAUGAGCCGUCGUCCAAUUCCACUCAGCUAGGUCAAUCAAACACCAACAACACCAGCACUCCUCAAAAAGACUUGCCUGCCCAAUCAACUGAAUUGAACAAGUCAGCUCCCAGCACAUCCCAGUCUAACAACCUGUCUUCUAGCUUGACCAGGGUUCCACAAGAAGAGGAUGAACCCACGCCAGACCAGCCGGAUGAAACCACGCCAGACCAGCAGGAUGAAACCACGCCAGACCAGCAGGAUGAACCCACGCCCGACCAGCCGGAUAAAGCGAAUGAUGGUCGGCCAGCCCGUGAAGCGGCUCUCAAUUCCAGGAAGCGAACUAGUCAGGUUUCUGGAGGCCCAUCAGUGCCGCGCAAGAGGCCAAAGCCAGCAAAGCCCUCAGAAUCAGAGGAUGUGUCUGUAAAUCAGUCAAACUUUGACUUCUUGGGUGAACCCAUCAAUCUCACACUUCUGCUCAAGCCUGAGUAUUUGUGGCGUGAAGCAGCUCACAUCAACAUCCUUCAUUCCAUCCGACAGAAGAAGGGUGAUGCUCCAACGUACAUGAUGCCCAUGCUUCAAGAGAUUAUGCCGUCAAUCUUUCACACUCAAGUCCACCGGGCCACAAGUCUCCAAUGCCUACAACCAAGCCAAACCACCAAUCCAAAAACACGGGAAGUUCUAGCCACAUCGACAGAACUCUGGUCAGAAAAACAUGUCCAGAUGGAUGUGUUGAUACACGGCAUCGACGAGCUGUUAGGCAAGGAUCGAGCUGGGGGGUGGACUGCACUGCAGUCAAUGAUGUGCCGUUCUUCAGAAAAAGGACAUCAAAACAUAUUCGACUUCAAACAACCACUCAAGGAGGCAACACUGAGGAUCCAUCAGCUUGUCAUGGACUCAACAAGUUAUCUGCAGCCUGACGAUGGCGACUUGCCCCAAGCCAGUCAUGAAGACACUCGACAAGAAAUUGAAUGCAAGGGCUUAGGACGUGUCGGGGUGUGGCUGUCUGAUCAGGUGGACAAGUACGAACCAAAGAAUAAACCAGACCAGCAUCACAAAGCUCACAGGGACGGUAUGGACUUUUUAAUGAAACGAUGUUGGGAGAUGCUCCAUGGCGGAUCGAUCAUGCACGAAUCUUACGACACUUUUACCCGUAAACGUCACGGCCAUAAAGCACCGCGCAAAGUCGAGCAACGUGCCAGUGCCUCCAAGAACGGCGAGGAUGCCAGUGCCUCCAAGAAUGCCAAGCAUGAUUUGCACGCCAAGCGACUCAAGAGCUGCUCAUCGUUGGUCCUCUUCCUCAACUUUGGAGUCGCCGGAUGGUUUCAUUGCCACAUGAAUCGACAAAGGUUCAACUUCCAGGACCUCACCAGCCUGAUGAUGUUGGCUCAAGAAAUGUCUCUCAACGGCUUGUCCAUCCGUUCACCUCUGAUUAAAACCAAUGGCAGUACUCGAAAAACAACGCACGAAGCAAUCCACCGACCUUGGGAACAGCUGAAUGACUACUUGAUCCAACUGCUCAUCGAGAUCGGCCUGGGAAAUCCCAGAAUUGACUGGUGGGCUUCAGUUCCAAUCUGCAAGGCCCGCUUACAGCCGGAUGUCCUGGCGCCCUUGGUGAUCAAGGAUUUCUUUUCAGAAAUCCUGAAGCCAGGCGAUACUCUCUCCUCAACAGGUGGUCCAGCUCCGACUCCAAAGUAUGACGAAUCCUACCUCCAAACUUGGCAAUCCAGAGUCAAGAGGUUGUUCCUCACUCCUCAAAAGUACGCCAGAUUGCAACGGGAUCGGUUUUCGAACAUGGGUGUGACGAGUCCAAGAAGAGGGGAGGAUGAGGAGGACCCUGAGACUGAUGACUCUGAUGAAGAUGAGACAGAUGAACUGGAUGGUAAGAGUCUAUCAGGUGAUGAUGAUGAGGAGGGAUCAGAAGAGGAUGGAGAGGAUGAGGAUGCUCCAGGUGAGGAAGAUGAGGAUGCUCCAGGUGAGGAAGAUGAGGGUUAG